GGCGGUGGCGGCAGCAGCGGCAGCAGCGGCAGCGACCUUACGCGCCUCGGCCGACUAGAAGAGGGCGCGCGGUGCAGCGGGACCUCGAACGGCAGGCCGGCGCGGGAGAGACGGACGCGGGCGCCGUCGAAGGACGUCGGCUCCAGACGCGGCUCUUCACAAAGAGCGGGGCCGCCCCCCUCAGGCGGUGGUGAGGGCCGAGGCUCCAUGUUGGGAAGCGGCGCCGUUCACUCUGGUUGAGCGGGAAUCGGGGCGCCGUGGGCUGAGCCGGCGGGGGCCGGGCCCGGAGCGAAGAUGGAGGCCCCGCUGCGGCCUGCCGCGGACAUCCUGAGGCGGAACCCGCAGCAGGACUACGAGCUGGUGCAGAGGGUCGGCAGCGGCACCUACGGCGACGUGUACAAGGCCAGAAAUGUCCAUACAGGAGAGUUAGCUGCGGUAAAAAUCAUCAAGUUGGAGCCUGGUGAUGAUUUUUCUUUGAUUCAGCAAGAAAUAUUUAUGGUUAAAGAAUGUAAGCAUUGCAACAUUGUUGCCUACUUUGGGAGCUAUCUCAGUCGGGAAAAGCUGUGGAUUUGUAUGGAAUACUGUGGCGGUGGAUCACUUCAAGAUAUUUACCAUGUUACUGGACCCUUGUCAGAAUUGCAAAUAGCCUAUGUGUGCAGAGAAACCUUACAGGGUCUUGCUUAUUUGCAUACGAAGGGUAAAAUGCAUAGAGAUAUAAAAGGUGCAAAUAUUUUAUUGACAGACCAUGGUGAUGUAAAAUUAGCGGAUUUUGGUGUGGCUGCAAAAAUAACAGCUACCAUUGCAAAGAGAAAAUCUUUCAUUGGCACUCCUUAUUGGAUGGCACCAGAAGUUGCAGCAGUGGAGAAGAAUGGUGGCUACAACCAACUUUGUGAUAUCUGGGCAGUAGGAAUAACAGCAAUUGAACUUGGGGAGCUUCAACCACCCAUGUUUGAUCUUCAUCCAAUGAGGGCUCUCUUCUUAAUGUCAAAAAGUAAUUUUCAGCCUCCAAAACUAAAGGACAAAACAAAAUGGUCAUCAACAUUCCAUAAUUUUGUCAAAAUAGCACUAACUAAAAACCCCAAAAAACGACCAACUGCUGAAAGACUGCUGACUCAUACUUUUGUUGGGCAGCCAGGUCUCUCAAGGGCCUUGGCUGUUGAACUGCUGGAUAAAGUGAACAAUCCAGACAACCAUGCGCAUUACACAGAAGGAGAUGAUGAUGACUUUGAGCCCCAUGCAAUCAUUCGUCAUACCAUUAGAUCUACAAACAGAAAUGCCAGAGCUGAACGGACAGCUUCAGAAAUAAAUUUUGACAGAUUGCAAUUUGAACCUCCCCUAAGAAAAGAAACUGAAGCACGGGAUGAAAUGGGAAUAUCAUCAGAUUCAAACUUUAUAUUACAGUGGAAUCCUUUUGUUGAUGGUUCAAAUACUGGCAAAUCAACUUCAAAACGUGCAAUACCACCUCCCCUACCUCCUAAGCCACGAAUAAAUAAUUACCCUGAAGACAACCUCCCAGAUGAAGAAAAGUCAUCAACUGUAAAACGUUGCCCUGAUUCAGAGAACAGAGCUCCCCAGGUUCUCAGAAGACAGAGUAGCCCAAAUUGUGGUCCUGUAGCAGAGUCAUCCUCUAUGGGUAUGGCUAGCAGUGUCAGAAGCCCUGGAGUGCAUACGACUAGAUACUGUGAUCUGGGAAAUGGUGACGGGGUCUCAAAACUGAUGAGUGAAAAUACAGAAGGAUCAGCACAAGUGCCACAGUUACCAAGAAAAAAAGACAAGAGAGACUUCCCUAAACCUGCUAUUAAUGGUCUUCCACCCACCCCAAAAGUGCUGAUGGGAGCAUGUUUUUCAAAAGUUUUUGAUGGCUGCCCUUUGAAAAUUAAUUGUGCAACAUCCUGGAUACAUCCUGAUACAAAAGAUCAGUACAUUAUUUUUGGAACUGAAGAUGGUAUUUACACAUUGAAUCUCAAUGAACUUCAUGAGGCAACUAUGGAGCAGCUAUUCCCACGGAAGUGUACCUGGUUAUAUGUUAUCAAUAAUACUUUAAUGUCAUUAUCAGAAGGAAAAACUUUCCAACUCUACUCUCAUAAUCUUAUUGCUUUGUUUGAACAAGCCAAAAAACCAGGCCUGGCUGCCCAUAUUCAAACUCAUAGGUUUCCAGACCGCAUACUGCCAAGAAAGUUCGCUUUAACAACAAAGAUUCCUGAUACGAAAGGCUGCCACAAAUGUUGCAUAGUCAGAAACCCUUACACAGGACAUAAAUACCUCUGUGGAGCUUUACAGUCUGGAAUUGUUCUACUUCAGUGGUAUGAGCCAAUGCAGAAAUUCAUGUUGAUAAAGCACUUUGAUUUUCCUUUACCAAGUCCUUUGAAUGUUUUUGAAAUGCUGGUGAUACCGGAACAGGAAUACCCCAUGGUCUGUGUAGCUAUUAGUAAAGGCACUGAAGUGAAUCAAGUAGUUCAGUUUGAGACAAUCAAUUUGAAUUCUGCAUCUUCAUGGUUUACAGAAAUUGGUGCAGGUAGCCAACAAUUAGAUUCCAUUCAUGUAACACAGUUGGAGAGAGAUACUGUUUUAGUGUGUUUAGACAAAUUUGUGAAAAUUGUAAAUCUACAAGGAAAAUUAAAAUCAAGUAAGAAACUGGCCUCUGAGCUAAGUUUUGAUUUUCGCAUUGAAUCUGUAGUAUGCCUUCAAGAUAGUGUGUUGGCUUUUUGGAAACAUGGGAUGCAGGGUAAAAGCUUCAAGUCAGAUGAGGUUACCCAAGAGAUUUCAGAUGAAACAAGAGUUUUUCGCUUGUUGGGAUCAGACAGGGUUGUCGUUUUGGAAAGUAGGCCAACAGAAAAUCCUACUGCACACAGCAAUCUCUACAUCCUGGCUGGACAUGAAAAUAGUUACUAAGCAACAGAGACCCAUCCUAAGUGACAGGAAAAUGAAUCUGUCCCACUGGAAGCAAAAUGGUUUUAAGGAAAUUCAAGAGACAGCAGUAUGAUUUGCUUUAACUGUUAUGGGUUAUGUCUCAAAUGAUCUGUACAUUAGGGUUGAAUUCAAUAUUUUCUGUAGCUGGAAACAGCUAAUCUAUCUCUUGCCACUGUGUGGUGGUCAUAUCAAGUUUGCUUAAUAAAAGCUAUGAGACAAAUAGUCCUCUAGUUCCAGGAAACACAGUCUUUUUUAAAAAAAUAAUAAUGUUUGUAACAAGGGUGCCAUGGUAUUUUUAAGUAACUCAUGUGAUCAUCUCUGGAAAGAUUUAGUGACCAGUCUGUCAUUUUAUGCCAUGCCUUAUUCUUAACGAACACAAUUUGAUAAAGAAGUGAUUUGACAAGCCUUUCGCUUUCCAUUGGCCAUUCUGUAUGUUUGUGUAAAAUAGAAUAUUUAAUCCUUAUUUAUUAAUCUCUUGCUGGAGUGGUGUGAUAUAUCUAACUUUUAGAAAAGGAAGGUUGCAGAGCAGCUUAAAAUUUUUAUAAUGUAUAAAAUUUCUCUUUAUCUUUUCAGACUUUAAAGAGUUAGAGGCAGUCUGUGUAAGAAUUCAAAACAUAUGCAGUUUUCAUUUAAUGAAGUAUUUUAUAAUACAAUUUCAUGCGAGAUUGCCAUAAAAGGGAGUUUUGUGUUUUCAAUUACAAAUAGUUGUGUAAAGACCAUGCAAAAAAUAUUAAUGAUGUUUGAAAUAUCCUUAGAAAGGUCUGAGUAUAUCUAGGUGUGACUACCAUGUGUAUGUAUUCUUGACAAGCAGUAUAAUGUAUCUGUGACUUUUUUUACAUUAGGGAUAAUGUGUAAGAAAUAAUCUUCAUAUAUAUUGUCAUCCCUAAUGUAGAGGAGAAAAGUAUUUAACUACCCUUGUAAUGUAUCUUAUACUAUGCCAGAGGGAAACUGUAAAGCAAUUAUACUUGUAAUCUUGGGGGUUUCAUAUAUGUGAGCAUUCAUUUUGAGUAGGUUUAAGGGUGGGAGGGGAAGUCUUUAAAUGGAAUCUCCUGAUGGGAUAGUAUAAAGUAUUGUUGAAGCCAAUAUUCCAAAAAUAUGAAAGGGUAGGGCCAUUUUUUCAGUAUGUUUUUCUUUUGCUAUUAAUACUCAAAAAGUAUUACAUUGGUACCUGUUGUCUUAAUGCAUUUAAGAGCAGUUAGCAUUGAGAUAAUAAAUGGGCUAACUGCAGCAAAACUGUAAUUCUCACUAGGUCUGUAGGAGGAAAGCAGUGUAGCUGUCUCAUUCACCCUUUAGCAAUUGUGUGAAAUAAGUAUUAUUGUCCCCAUUUUUCAGACAAGGAAAUAAGGGUUUUAACAAGGUUAGUGAUGCCCAAUUCUUACAGGUUAGUGAUUGAGCCAGACCAUGAGUCUUCUGACUCUAUUCUUUUCACUAUGCAAUAUACAAACAAUAAAACAUUACACAAGUGAA